UCAUUAUUGAUCACUAACGAUUGAUAGUGACAGUCGUGUUAUAGCCGAACAUCAUCUCUGCUCCGGAAUCAGUGGUGUUUAUUGUCAUUAGCAGCCUUUCCUUGUCAACUAAGUUAACAUGGUUAGCUAGGUUUCGUAUUGAUAGCAACGCUCCUGUACGUUUGAACCAAACAGGGGAUCUGAAAUGAACGAUACUGUAGCUGAUCAGCACACACAUGUUGUCAGGUGGAAACCCAGCCUAUGAGAGCUACUACAGACAGCUGGAUCCGGGAAACACAGGCAGAAUAUCAGCCGGAGAUGCAGCUCAGUUCCUUAAGAAGUCGGGGCUGUCAGACAGUACACUGGGGAAGAUAUGGGAUUCGGCAGAUUCAGAAAGAAAAGGCUAUUUGGAUAGACGGGGUUUCUUCAUUGCUGUGAGACUUGUGGCCUCAGCACAGGGUGGAAAUGACAUCAGCCUUCACAACCUCAACCAACACUUAGCUGCACCCACAUUUAGAGAUACUUAUAGCCCAUUAUUAAGUGUUUCAACGACGGGAGCGGAUUCACAGUGGGCGAUUAGGCCGGAAGAAAAAGGGAAGUUUGAGGGCAUUUUUGAGAGUCUGUGCCCUGUGAAUGGUCUCCUCUCGGGUGAUAAAGUCAGGCCAGUUUUAAUAAACUCCAAGCUACCUCUGGAUGCGUUAGGAAAGAUAUGGGAUCUAAGUGAUGUGGACAAAGAUGGACAAUUGGACAAAGAUGAAUUCACAGUGGCCAUGCAUCUUGUGUAUCGUGCCAUGGAAAAUGAGCCUGUCCCAGCCACAUUACCCACUUCACUCAUCCCCCCUUCAAAAAGGAAGAAGUCUGCAGGCGCGCUGCCAGGUGCAGUGUCUGUGCUGCCUGCUCUAUCAGGGUUUCCGGCUGGCCACGCUUUUCUCAAAGAUUCCCUGCGAAGCACUCCUCCCCUGGGCAACACUACUCCGUUCAGCACCAGUACUGUCAACCUCUCUCCAAAACACUCCUUUAAAUCCAGCUCACCGCCUGUGGUGAACUGGGUCGUACCGUUGGCCGACAGGGAGCGAUACGAUGAGAUCUUCAAGAAUACAGACAGCGACAAUGACGGCCUCGUCAAUGGAACUGAGGUCAUAGAGAUUUUCAUGCAGUCCAGUCUCUCUCAGACUAUGCUGGCACAGAUAUGGGGACUCGCUGACACUAAACAGACGGGCAAGCUGAACCGGGAGCAGUUCUCUCUGGCCUUGUACCUGAUCCAGCAGAAGGUCACUAAAGGCGUAGACCCUCCUUCCACUCUAACCACAGACAUGAUUCCCCCGUCAGAAAGGACUGCAGCUUCAGCAGCGGGCCCUAUUUAUGCGGGGCUUAUGUCUUCUGUGAGGCCUGAUCUUGCUGCACUAGCUCAUAUUCGCAGAGACAGCAGCAGCUCCACGGGAUCGGCCGAGCUGACAGGCAUCAAAGAGCUGGAUGACCUCAGCCAGGAAAUAGCUCAGCUGCAGAGAGAUAAAUUCAUUCUGGAGCAAGAGAUCAGAGAAAAGGAGGAAACCAUCAGACAACAAAAUAGUGAAGUUCAGGACAUGCAGAAUGGGCUGGACAGGGAGAGCAGCAGCCUGCAGGACCUGGAGUCCCAGAAGCAGGAGGCCCAGGAGCGUCUGGAGGAGAUGGACCAGCAGCGCUCCAAGCUGGAGGGAAUGCUCAACGAUGUCAAGCAGAAGUGCCAGGAAGAGUCGCAGAUGAUUUCAUCCCUGCAGAGCCAGAUCCGCUCUCAGGAGAACAACAUCCAGAGCCAGGAGGAAGAAAUGAGCCGCACCAAGACGGACCUGAACCGGCUGCAGGAUGAGGAGGCCCUCCUUGAGCAGAGUCUGCUCUCUGGUCGCGUCCAGCUGGACAGCAUCACUAAGUCUCUCAAAACCACUCAGGAAGAGAUCAACCAGGCUCGCAGUAAGCUGUCGCUGAUCCAGGAUAGCCAAAAGGAGUUGACCAAGACCAUUGAGCAGUACAACAGCGCUUUGAGCGACAUCAACGGAGGAAACCUCAGCAACAUGCCAGACUUAAGUGAAGGGUUUGUUGAGAAGGAGAACGGAGGUUUCAGAAGUUCGGAUGACUCCUUCAAGUCAAAGAUAGCUAUGUUCAACAGCAGCAGUGCUAAGGAGGCUCCAGCAGACCCCUUCCAGACGGAGGACCCCUUCAAGUCCGACCCUUUCCAAGAUCCAUUUGGAGCAGAUCCUUUCAGAGAAAGCGACCCUUUCAGAGGCACUUCAUCUGAUGAUUUCUUUAAGAGAACUGAAAAGGCAAAGCUGUUUGGAUCCUCGGAGCCUUUUGGUAGAAAACCAACACCACCAGCCAAGCCAAGUGCCCUCAGCAGUGGGGACCCUUUCACAUCACACAGCCCAAAACCAGAUGUGUUUGGGACAUCGGACCCCUUUGGAAGCAACUCUUUCAGUAGCAAGGGAGGUGGAUUUGCUGACUUUAGUCAGAUGUCAAAGAAGUCGGACAACCCUGUCCUCCCGACAAAGAAAAAUGUGCCUAACCGGCCUGCACCUCCCUAUGGAUCUAAAUGUAACAAGUUUGGAAGUGAGAACCAGCAGCUGGAGUGGGUCAAACGGGAGAGCGACCGCGAGGAGCAGGAGAGGCUGCGGAGGCUGCGGCUCCAGGAGCAGCAGGACCUGGAGCUGGCGAUCGCCCUCAGCAGGGCCGACAUGCCCAACGCCUGACCGGCCGUGGCCCGACCUGACCUCCUCCUUCUGCCUUACAGUCCUCCGUCCGCCGGCUCAUGAUAACUGCACCAACAAUGGCCCG